AUGGCUAAACGUUUUAUAGGUCCUAAAACAAAUACGCUGGUCAUAAAUGAGAAAUGUAAAAUUAUUUGCAAUGAGGCGCAAAACUAUCAGACAGAACUACUAAAUAAUAUUAUAUAUGGUAUAAAGGAAGAAUUUACAAUACAACUAUUUUUGGGGCAUUAUAAUGACCGAUUAUGGGACUACAAUAUGUUUAUAGUUGACUCGCAUGAGUCAUUUCUAAUUUUACGCUAUAAACUACCCAGCACAUGGCAGGAACGUUUCUUUAACUUUUUCAUUUUGCUGACUUGGAGCUCAAACAAUGAAGUAGAACUCAAUGAAACUUUGUACAAAAUAUUUAAAACAGCUUCGAAUUUUAAUGUCAGAAACGUGGUUAUAAUGUGUAAAGCCUUUAAUGGAGACUACAUCAGUUUCUACGCUUAUGAAAUCUUAAACAAAAAUCAUAGCCAAAAUAAUAUUACAGUACGAGAAAUUAAUCGUUACGAAAAUGGAACUCUAAUGAAAGAAUUUUUAUUUCCCGAUCAUGUUAAUGAUUACAACAGUUGUUGGUUAAAUGUAUCGGCACAUAUAACGCCACCACUUUUAAUUUUUAAUUGCGAUGUAAACAAUGAAACACAUUUAAUGGAGAUUAAUCGUUUGGGUGGUAUUGAGGGUGAUAUUUUAAAAGCGAUUGCUAAAUCUUUAAGUUUAAAAAUUCGUUUACAUUUCCCUAAGGAAGAGAAUAUAAUUAAUUUUUUUUCUAAUUCAGAGGGCUGUUUUGGAGAUCUGGAUAAAGGACGUUCCCAUAUUGCCAUUGGAGGUCUUAGUUCGACUCAAUGGAAUAGCGACAAGUAUAGCAAAUCCUUCGUAUAUCAUACUACCCCAUAUGUAUUUGUUAUUCGCAGUGGAUUAUGUUUUGGUCCAAUUAAGCAACUACUCAACCCUUUAUGUCCCUCCACAUGGACAUUUCUAUUGAUUUUGUUUUCUGCAUCAUUUAUUUUCUCGAAAUUAAUACAUAACAAACCAAAACUACGUGACUUUGUAUUUGGAUCGAAGAAUAAAACACCAAUAUGUUCAAUGUUUACAAUUUUUUUCGGUAACUCAUUACCAACACGAUUGAUACCGACAAAAAAUUUUCCAAGAUUUCUUAUGGCCGCUUGGUUAUUGCUUUCAUUUGAAGUACGCAAUGGUUAUCAGGGCAAAAUGUUUGAUAGUUUACGUUUUUCGCAACGUAUUCCAAUGCCACAAACAAUUUCACAACUUAUAGAACAGGAUUACACCUUAUUGACCCAUGUAUAUAAUGAUUUCUAUCCAGUAAAUAAAACACAAAUCAUGGCUAAUACAACUAGACGCAUGAAUAUGCUUCAGAUGAGUACUUUGAAAUUAACUUCAACAGCUCUGUUGGAUUCUUUGGCUCAUUACAAUUAUAAGAAUUGUAAUACUAGCACCUUGACAUACAUCGGGGAAACCAUACAUUCGUUUCCAUGUGUAAUGUACUUCAAAAAACAUUCAAUGUUACGUCAGAGUAUCGAUCGAAAAUUGAAGAUAUUUUCAGAUGCCGGCAUUACUGCUAUGAUUGCAAGGAGUGGUGUCAUGAUUUUGAUUUCAACAAUUGUGUUUAUUGUAGAAUUGCUUACCCGUAAAUCGCAAAGAUUGAAAAAACUAUUGGAUUUCUUAAAUUCAUUUUAA